AUGAGGAAGUCGCACGCCUUCGGCACGAAUCGCAUGCCUCUAAGAAAGGUGCAGAAAAGCAGGAAACCAAUCAUCACGGCCUUCAUGUCUAUGGACAGGCUGCAAAAUUUGGUGAACUCUAUACCGCAAACAGCAACGAAGCUCAGCGACGGCGCAUGCAGCGAUGCUCAGUGCACACAAGCAAAGGUCACGUCGAGCUCAAAGACUGUACUAUUCACUGAAGGCUCGCAUCUAGCAAUCGGAACGGAAGCGACGAUUGCUGGUACAAAUAAGAUAGUCGAAACCGAUAGCUCUGCUGGUAUCGGCCUACGUGCCAUCACCAGGGCUGAACAGCUGCCAUCGGGCAGAGUUACAGAUGAUCAUACAACUUCCGAACACGAUCCAGCAGGGAUACCGCCAUCACCCCCUUCAUGUUCUUCACCAAAGGCUAAAACUCCGAAAGUUGGUUUCAUAAAGGAUCCAUCGCCCAUCGACACCAAACGGACUACCACUGCUGGUCUUCCGCGAUCGGCUAAAUCUGUGGACUUCCCUAGCCUUGCUGUCCUGCCUCCUGCUCGCCUCUAUGGUGACGACCAAGAACCCUCUGGCAGCAACGUUCCAUUCGCAACGGACGAAGGGACUUCGCAGGCCCAUGCCCGACGCGCCUUCUUGCGUGGUUCUGUCAGCCGGGAAGUCAGAGGUCCUUUUCUAGUCGAAACUGCAAUGCAGCGACUAGGAAGCUACCGUAUGCUCCAGGCCUUGUUUCUCGCACAUGUCGCCCCGAAAAAGUUGGUUAUAGCAACGAACGGUGCCACAGAUUUAGUUGUUACCGUUGAAGAUAUCCAGAAUGUUGAGACAGGAGAUGAUUGCGAGCCAUCGCCAGCUACCAUGGGAUCUUUCAUGCUAACCACAGAGUCUGUCGUCGAGGUUGUCGAGGCUGAUGACUACGAUCCUUUGGACACAGUCUUCCAGCAGAUGGAGGAUGAGAUCACCAAGAUGUCACAAUCACCGGCUCGGGACUUUUCUGCUCUCAACGGAGCUGACAAGACGAUUGAUCGAACGAUCAAUGACAAUGAGAAAUUGUGGGUCAUAGGAAGAGAAUCCCACUGUUCUAUUACCGACACCGAGUGGCUGCUGUCCGACAAGGACUUUGGCAGAAUCGCCGAACUCUCGGUCUCAGAUGUUGCUAUGAAGUCUCGAACUGCUGAUGCAGAGUACAAUCCUCUCGUAUACUGUAUUCAGCACAGCAGCAUCGUGGAAGCUCCGAGCUUCCAUUGCGAAUCCAUCGUACCUAUCGACUUUACCUUUUCGGACGACGAGGACCAGGCCCCCGAACCUGACGGUUCUUCUGGAAUCUCGGCGAUGCGUCCUACCAUUGGUUCUCAGUCCUGUACCCACCCGAAAUCGGGUUAUUCACGUAAAGAGCUCCCCAGUGCCACAAUCUCUGCGGAAUACAACUGGCUGCUCCUCGACGAUGGCCUUGGCACAGCUACUGAGCUUACCGUCUCAGACGUCGCCGAAGCUAAUGAAAAGGAAGUCACGGCCUUCAGCGAGGAAGUCGCCGCUCUCGCAACACCUGUUCUGCAGAGCAUAGCCGGCAUAAAGUCGUCCCUAUCAGCUCAUCACAAGCUUGAUCGCCCUAAGCUUCGCCAGAUUUUCCGCUCAACUUCAUCAACAUCACUCAUCAAUCGGGCCCCCUCAGGCGGAAUAUGGUCGUGUACCGUCUCCGGAAGCUCCCUCACAUAA